CCAUGAUCUUAGGCCAUCUAUUGUAGAAGAUUAUGAUUUUAAAUGCCUUAAUAAAGAAUAUUUGGAGCUAGAUUACAAGAUGCCUGUAAGAUCAACAUUUAUUCACUGUUUGCAGGAUUGGUACUCCUUACUAAAAACAAUGGCGAUGGACUUGUUGGAAAAACCAACACAUCUGGCCUUGACGAACGACUUUUGGACGAGUCUGGCUCAAGAUUCCUUCAUGACUUCAUGGAGUGGACUUUUCUAUCAGACAUUUUCAAAAAGGCAGACUCAGUUUAUAAAACAAGAAUGCAUACAAACGGGAUACAGUAAAUCUGACAGUUGUCUAAAAAGGAUCCUUAAAAAGGGACAAGAAGAGAACAUCUUUGAAAAGAACAAAGUUACUCUUAAGCAAAUAUUAAAUAAGGUUCAUAACCUUAAGAAGAACGCCGCUAUCUAA